CCGCAGAAGUAUGUGCUUAACCGUCGCGACAGCAGCUCGCAUCCCCAGAAGCGCAGGCCAAUUUACAUUUGUUGCUUAAAAAUCAGGCAGUUAACUGUCGAUGCCAAAAUGCGAUCGUUCUGCGAAAUUUGAGAAAGAACAGUGCAGCGGCGAGCGCAGAAUCUUUUUUGUGACGAACAGCUCUGGGCCGUCCAGCAGGUGUUCGGGGCGCUCGAAAGGCAGGGACCCAGGCGACUUCGUAGAUGACGUAGGCUCUCGUCGGUGCUCGUCGGGGCGUGCGAGCGGCCAACUGCAGGCACAAAUAAAGUUGGCUCCAAUCCAAUCCAAUUUUCGAACGCGCGCAGCGAAAUAUCCAGGGCCCUGUUUGUGCAGAUUUUUCUAUUGGCGCAGGGCCCUAAACCAGUGGCGUUAGGACCCCGAGCACCCCGAGCCUGCGCGCCUACUUUGAAGAGCGUUGUCUAUAGUCAGAUAAGCCUGAAAAAUGCCGGAUUACUCUCGCGCCUCCGUGCUUAAAGAGAUUGACAGAAAUGAAGCACUGGUACAGGAUUACCUUUAUCAGUUGGAUCAGAUAGAGUCGAAGCUGAGGCGGUUCACACUGUCGGACUCUGAAAGGAAGAAGCUUGAAGAUGAGGUCACGUCCCUGAAGUCACAGCUAGACACAUUAGAGAAAGAGCUCACCGGCCUGCGGAAAGAAAACCGUAAAAGUAUGGCGAUAGCCGCUUGCUUGUUUAUACUGUUCCUCAUUAUUUACUACUUUCUAAUUGUAAAAACAAUAACUGGAUAGUGCUUCAAUUGUAAAGUAUUAAUUGUACAUUCCAGUCUUCCCAAUUUUACACUGUAAACUGUGUUUCUGAGCAGAAUUAAACAACUUCAGCAUUUGUUGCA